AUGGGGGAGGUGAAGAAACCUCAAUCAACUGGUGUAUGGCAUACUGUUAAACCUUUUGUUAAUGGCGGUGCAUCUGGUAUGCUUGCUACAUGUGUUAUCCAGCCAGUUGACAUGAUUAAGGUGAGGAUUCAAUUGGGUCAAGGAUCAGCUGCUCAAGUGACAAAGACUAUGUUAAAGAAUGAGGGUUUUGGUGCUUUUUACAAGGGGCUUUCUGCUGGACUACUGAGGCAAGCUACUUAUACAACUGCCCGACUUGGAUCAUUCAGGAUUUUGACCAGCAAAGCAAUUGAGGCCAAUGAUGGGAAGCCGCUACCUCUAUAUCAGAAGGCUCUGUGCGGGCUAACUGCUGGUGCUAUUGGAGCAUCUGUUGGCAGCCCGGCAGAUUUAGCACUUAUCCGCAUGCAGGCUGAUGCCACUUUACCAGCUGCUCAGCGCAGGCAUUACACAAAUGCUUUCAAUGCCCUCGUCCGCAUUGUUUCGGAUGAAGGGGUUUUGGCACUCUGGAAAGGUGCAGGCCCUACUGUUGUAAGAGCAAUGGCAUUGAACAUGGGAAUGCUUGCUUCUUAUGAUCAAAGUGUUGAGUUUUUCAAGGAUUCGCUUGGUUUUGGUGAAAUGGCUACAGUUCUAGGUGCAAGUUCUGUUUCAGGAUUUUUCGCUUCAGCAUGCAGUCUUCCAUUUGAUUAUGUCAAAACUCAAAUUCAGAAAAUGCAACCUGAUGCCCAAGGAAAGUAUCCAUACACUGGCUCCUUGGAUUGUGCUGUUAAGACGCUCAAGUCAGGAGGACCAUUCAAAUUUUACACUGGAUUCCCUGUCUAUUGUGUUAGAAUCGCCCCUCAUGUUAUGAUGACCUGGAUAUUCCUUAACCAAAUCCAAAAGGUGGAGAAAUCCAUUGGUUUGUAG